AAUAAUUCAAAGCGGCGGCGGCGGCGGCGGCAGUGGCGGCGGCGGCGGCAGCGGCAGCGGCAGCAGCAGUUGGGAUCGAGCGGCAGUGUCUAUGUAUCCAAGUGUGGCUGGGCAGCCGCGGCAUCUUUGAAGGCUGGGCGGAGCUGGGGAGCUCCGCGGGGGGACGUUUGCCCGGGGAGUGCUUGGAGGCACACUAGUGUCCACAGCGGCGUUGGCGGAGCUGCGCCCGAGCUGAGGAGGGACCUUCGAAGUGGGCUGGGGCGCUGGGGGGGGCCGCCGGUUGGCGCAGGCAGCCCCGGGGGCGGGGGGCGGGGUGGGCGCCGGCGCCGCGAUGCUGGGCGUCGUGGAGCUGCUGCUGCUGGGGGCAGCAUGGUUGGCGGGCCCUGCCCACGGGCAGAACGAGACAGAACCCAUCGUGCUUGAGGGCAAGUGCCUGGUGGUGUGCGACUCCAACCCCACAUCCGACCCCACGGGCACGGCUCUGGGCAUCUCUGUGCGCUCCGGUAGCGCCAAGGUGGCUUUCUCAGCCAUCCGGAGCACCAACCACGAGCCGUCCGAGAUGAGUAAUCGCACCAUGAUCAUCUACUUCGACCAGGUACUAGUGAACAUUGGGAACAACUUUGAUUCAGAACGCAGCACUUUCAUUGCCCCACGCAAAGGAAUCUACAGUUUUAACUUCCACGUGGUAAAAGUCUACAACAGACAGACCAUCCAGGUGAGCCUCAUGUUAAAUGGGUGGCCAGUGAUUUCCGCUUUCGCCGGGGACCAGGACGUAACCCGGGAGGCAGCUAGCAACGGAGUCCUAAUCCAAAUGGAGAAAGGCGACCGAGCAUACCUCAAACUGGAGCGGGGGAACUUGAUGGGGGGCUGGAAGUACUCGACCUUCUCUGGGUUCCUGGUCUUUCCGCUCUGA